UGUCAUGCAGAUUUUUACCCUGAACAUACAUAUUAUACUGCUGAUUGUAAAAUAAUGUAUUAAACUAUUUGCACUUCUCAGAUCAUAAAUUCAGAACUAGCACAAUAUUGCAGACAGAAUUCACAAAGCUACGCAUUUAAAUCAAAAUUGUAAUCCAUAACAACAUGUUUACCUGCACCAGGGCAUCAAACGUUAAAUCAAUUCUUAUCAGUAAUGAACACCAAAUUAAUACUUUAGAUGAAGUUCUCGGAAUUUGUUUUAGUCUUGCCGUUACCCGAAUAAAUAUUAUGGACACGUACAUCCGGACUGACGCACAAGUAAAUAAUUUUUUCUACAAAGGUUAUCGUCCAAUAUAUCUUUUCCCUGUAUCUCAGCAACAUUACCUCUUCCUCUUAUUGGAAUUUAUUGGACAGAAAUGCAACCAACCUAAUAGGGUUAAAAAACUGGACGUUUUUCUAGUUACCAAUACCUACCAUAAUAGACACAUGGAUGAGACUGAAUAUACAAUUAAUGCUCGAACACCGGCUGAUGUUUAUCAAAACAUCUACAAGAAGGCCAACAUGGGUGGAAUGACUCAAUUUAAAUUUAAGUCGCAAUCAAACUUUCAUGAUAGAUCGAUCAGCGUCCUUACUGAAGUUGCCGGAACUCCCACUGUGUACCAAAUUCGGUUGGGGAAAGGUCUAGAUUUUUAUGAACCUUGUGAUUGCAAAGUUUUCCGACCAAAUAAUAAAUAUGACUUUGAUUCGGCCCAAAAACGCUAUUUAGUAAACGAGAAUAAACAAUACGAGGCACAACAUUAUGUUGAAUGUGUUGAAGGAAAAACUACCGACCAAUUUUCCACCGUCCGAACCGACAUUACGAUAAUUACUUGGAGAGAGAUUGAGAAUUUUAAGAUGAUUAAGUUAUACGAAGCAAUUUUCAAGUAUAACACGAAAGGUGAUAUUGGUGAUUUAUUGGUAUUCAAAAGUUAAGAAGUUAUGGUAAGAGCAAUAAGAAGAAACUGCUGCAAUUUUUUGCAUAUUUGUUAUCAAAUUGGGAAAAGUUAUUUAUACAUUACCUGACCUUACAUUUAUACAUUAUCUGAUUGACUAUAAUAAACAAAUAUUUAUUAACUCA